AACCCAGUCACCGAUGAGUUAAGUUUAUGUAGACCCAAAGUGAAAGUAACAAGUCUCAUCGACUGUGGCUCUUUACUCAGCGUGUUCACUCGUGGUUCCUUCGAGUGGAGAAGGCUGUAGGUGGGUGUAUAUAAACUUAACAUAAAGAAGUGUCAUAAAGAAAAGGGAGUUUCCGAGUAAUUUGGGUGGACGUUGCAUUGAAAAAGGGUCGAAUUUACUACUAUUAGUAUUCUGCAUGCCUGGAAGUGUCAGCGGUCAUAUCUACAGGGUUAAGCAAACAACUGCCGUUUACUGAAAGUACUCUACAGAUGGUUUCCCGAUGAGGUAGCCGAAGUCAUCGAUUCGAAAGGAUUACAAGGAAUUUAAAUUAUUCCUUUCAAAAGAAGAGAAAAGAAACAACAUCUGGAUUUGUUUUAUGUCACUGCACAAGUUCUGGAGAAGAAAAACAGAGGAACAUUAUGACAGAGCUCCAGCCCUUCAGAUGAGAAACCAAGAAGUCAGAAGAAUUUUCUGGAAUUUCGACCCAUAUUACAGAGCAAGCAGAGUAUAAGCAGAACCAUGAUCCAGUCUGAAUGCUUGCUCCUCAGGGGGCUGCUGGGUUUUAUUUGUCUAUUAAUAAUGUGCAUGAGUGCAGCACCAGAUCUCUGUGUACCUCUGAAAACAGUACGGGAGAGCCUAAAUUUAAGCCAAAGGAGACGUUUUAUGAAAAUGAACUUUCCUAUUAACUAUACUAUUCAAGUGUAUUAUGAGGAGGUGUUCAGACUACGCAACAUCAGCAGAUUGAAUAUGAGUAAUGAAGAGGAGCCAGUGUUGAAGAGAGAUUUACAGGAGUUGUGGCUUUCGGUUAGUCAGCGGGGUAUAAAGAGGGUGUUAAGGGUGCUUCCAGAGAGACAUCCAACACGCCAGAAAUACCUCUCCAAUCUGGAGAAUCUCUUCAGAAAUUUUGAGGCGGUUUAUGCUCAACAGAAUCCCACAGAUGAAGAGAGAGAACCUCCAGAGAGAAUACGAAACAUCUCGGAACGACUGGAUGACACAACUUACGAGGGAUGGAAGUCUGUUACACCCAAGUCAUUAUUGGACAACUGUUAUCGGACCAUGCUUUGCCUGUUCAAAGAAUGCUUCUCAAAAGAGGACGACAGUUAUGAUUAUUGUGAAGUCAACUGGAGGAAAGGGAAUAAAACUACAUAGCAGCAGAUCUAAGUAGAUCUGAUCCUGUCUUCGUGUUGCUGGUGAAGGUGUAAAAGGGUGUUACCUGGUUUAUGUAGAGACACGCAGUAUGCUUCUGUGCCACUUGUACUAGUGAUGUCACUGACUGCCUCCACCGGUCUUACCUAUAUGGAAAAAUGCAACAGCCACUCUAUUGACCUCCAUCCACCACCCGCCAACUUUCAUAUUUAUAUUUUGUAUUUUUCUAAUAAAUGAUCAUGUAUGUGUAUGUGUGUGCUCUGUAGAAGGGAGCAGCUUUGACUCUUCCCUGUAGCAUUUACUAUUGCUAAUUCCAAAAAAGUCUUUGCCACUGUGACUUAUAGUUUAGGAAAAUACAUCUUUUGUCCUUGAUGUAUUCCAAAAAAGUGUAUUAUCAUUGCCACGUUGUAAAAGAUUUAGGUAAGCUGCAUAAAUAACAUGGAGCUUCUUUUGAACAUGUAUCAUUUCCCUGCAAAUGUUGUGCUGACUGCUGGCCUGGUCGGCAUUGUUGCUUUUACCCAGAGGCUCUUUACUUUGUGCUUUACUGCUGGUUAAAUGUUGAAAGAUUACACCAAAGUAUUCCUAUAGAAAGCUUCAAGGUGAUAAAGAGGGUUUUUAAUAUCAGAUUUGCAUAUGUUUUAUACACAGAUUUGAAUCUAGGUUAUUUAUUUGGAGAAUGUUAGAAUGUUCUGGUAACUGUUGUAACAUGGCUUGGAAAAAUAAACCUUUUGACUAUCA